CUCUAUGUGCGCACUUUUGCACGCUGCUGGGCCAGAUCCUCUCCGUUUCCGGACAUCCAUGGACGUGUUUUGGAUCCUUCAUCUCGCCAUCCUCAUGCUCCUCCACCAAACCAUGAGCGCCAGCGACACCACGGAGGUGAUCGGGGUCCUGGGCAAGUCCGUGACCUUCCGCAGCCACAACACAGAUGGAAAUCCAGCAUUCUGGUUUUUUGGGAAUGAACCCAUAAUGACUGUGGCAUUUGAGGAUCCUCCUCGACCCUUAUUUUAUAAAGACAAAUUCGAAACUCGUUUUGCCGUCUCUGAGAGAGGCCGCGCGCUCACCAUCUCCCAGCUGAGGAUGGAGGAUGCCGGGACCUACUCUGUAACAAUCAACGGAAAGGCAUCCACCUUCACCCUGCAGGUGUUCAGGGAGCUGGCAGAGCCCACGGUGACCUGCGAGGCCCAGAACUGCUCGGACGGAAGCUGCAGCUCCUCCCUGCGCUGCUCCACAUCCGGCACCGGCUUUGGGAACGUCUCCUACACCUGGAGGGUGCGGGAUCAGAACAUGGACGGGAGCUCCGUGGUGCUGCUGGUGAACGAAACAUCCCAGGAUGGGCUGGAGCCGGUGACGUGCACGGCACAGAACCCCGUCAGCAGCAAGAGCAUCACCAUCACCAACCUCGGGCAGCUCUGCGCAGCUGCCCUCUCCAGCGGCCAGGUCGAGGUCAGGGUCGGGGCUGUGGUCGGGGUCAUAGUCGUGAUUUUGGUCCUGGUCCUUUUGUCGAUUUUCGUCGUGCUCCUGUGGAAAUUCAAAGACAGGAUGAAUUUCCGCCUCUCCCAGCCCAGGCCUGCGGACACAGUUCCAGGGGCCACAAACGACUGCAUGACCGUGUACGCCGAGGUGGGACCUUCCCAGCAGCACGUCCCUGAUGGAACCAAAGCCAAACCAGCGGAGGGGGGACCCCCCUCAACCAUUUAUUCCCUGGUCAAGCGUCCAGAGCAGGCGGAUGGAGGGACAGCAGAAAAUGCCACCGUGACCGGCCUGGAGCUGGUCUAGAAGGACCCAGAACUGGUUUGAAGAUCAAGAGAUUGAUUUAAAGGGACUGAAACUGGUUUAAGAACAUGAAACUGGUUUAAAGGACCUGCAACUGGAUUAAAGGACCUGGAACUGGUUUCAGAACAUGAAACUGGUUUAUAAACCUGGAAGUGAUUUAAAGAUCUAUUUUUAUGAGACUGGGCCUGGUUUACAAGAAACCAGAACUGAUUUAGAACUCAUUUAGAAGAAGAUGGAACUUCUUUAAAAGGACCUGGAACUGGUUUGGAAGGACCUGGAACUGGUUUGGAAGGACCUGGAACUGGUUUGGAAGGACCUGGAACUGAUUUAAAGAACCUGGAACUGGUUUGGAAGGACCUGGAACUGGUUUGGAAGGACCUGGAACAGGUUUGGAAGGACCUGGAACUGGUUUAAUUGGUGUCCACUCUCUGGUCAGACAGAUGGACACCACAAGGUGGCUCCAGAACGGCUCCAACAUCCCCAAUCCUGCUCCAGACCCGAAUCUCAGGGAUCUCCCCCUUUUGGAGUGUCCCUUCCCCUCCUCAUCUCUGCUGCUUCAAUUUCUCUCUCUUUGGGAUUUCAGGGAGGAUUUUUUUGAACUUUCCAAUGUUUUUUGGAUCUUUCUCCACGUUUUUGGCAGCUCUGUGGGAUUCAGGUUCCUUUUCGGAAUUUGGGACCAAAACUCUGCCAAAGCUGCCGAGACUCCCAGGCAGGCUGGAGGAGACUCUUCAAAGGGUUUUCCCAUGGAAUCCUGAAAUUCCUGAGGGUGGAAAAGGAACAUCCCACCAGGAAUGUCAUCCCUAUCUUGAUCACCCAGACCAGCAACCGGUGGGUUCUUUGGAGACGUCCAGGGAAGGCUCCAAACCAGCCCCUUUUUGCACAGAAAAGUAAUUUUUAAAAGCUCAGGGAUUCAAUUUAUAAAUAAAAAAAAUACUUUUUUAAAA